CACCUUCGUUUCGAAUAUAUCCUUUCUAUUCAAAUCUCUUUCGUUUCUGAAGAAUCGACCCUCCCCCUCCCCCUCCCCCCCUUCACCGGCGGCGAAAAUUUCUACCCAUUUUCUGAUCUGUAUUUUAGUUUCCGGCAAAUGGGUUCAAUCGGCAAGAACGGCGGAACAGUGACCCCUGUGAAAGAAUCAACGGGAUCUAGAUCGAAGAUGAUUCAAGAAGUUUCGAGGCAUUCCGAGAAUAUGAAUCCAAAUGUUAAUGAUACGAUUAGCCCUGUUCCGAAGCUCUCGAAAUCUUCUCCUUUGAUGAAAUCUGCAAAGACGGCUCAGAAAUCGGCUGCGAGAAACCCUAGUGUGGUUUUGAACUCACCGAAGUACAAGAUCCGGGAGAGGAAGUUUGUGGUGGCGAAGAAGAAUCAAAAGAAGGAGAAAUCUGGGAAGUCUAAGACUGAUUGUAAGUGCGAAGUUAGAAAUGGGAGUGAUUCGAAGAAGUGUUUGUGUUUGGCUUAUGAGACUUUGAGAGCUUCUCAGGAGGAGUUUUUCAAGAAUCAGAAUGGUGGGACUGGGGAAAUUAGGGCGGAGAUUGAACUUGAAGAAGAAAUGGAGAGGAAAUUGAUGAUUCAAGACCUUCAAAAUGAAGACAGGGUUGAAACAGAGAAUCAUGAUGUUAAUGGAGAGAGCGAAUCUCCUGAACAAGUAAGUAGUUCGAUAAUCAAGAGGCGAAGAGAAAGGCUGUUGGAGACAGCAAGGAAUAGUGUUCCAGAAACAGGAUCUGGGAAAGUAAAGCAUUUGGUAAAGGCGUUUGAGAAACUAAGAACUAUACAGGUUGCAAAAGAGGAGACUGAUGAGAAUGAGGAGAAGCAAUUAGAAAACCAAGAUAAGCCCAUUGAAGAGAAGAGCAAGGUGAUGAAAUGGGCACUGCCAGGAUUACCUCCUCCAAAGGUUAUCGAAUCCUCUUCUUCGUUUUGCCCGUCGGAGCUUUUUCUGACAUCGGAAAAUCUCGGUUUGGAUUCUCGAGCUUCGGUUUCUUCUUCUUGGGAUGGAUCCCGUGGAAGCAUUUCAAGCAGGAAUGGGGGUAGAAGAAGCAGGAGAAAUAGCGCUGAAUCUGCAGGCACAAUUGGUGGAAGUAGAUGGAAGAAAAAGCAGCUGAAAGUCACUAGGCAGAAGCCAUUUAAGCUUAGAACAGAGCAAAGAGGAAAGGAGAAGGAAGAAGAAUUUCUGAAAAGGGUACAAGAAACAAUGAUAGAGGAAGAAAGACAGAGAAUACCAAUUGCUCAAGGUCUUCCUUGGACAACUGAUGAACCAGAGUGCCUUGUGAAACCUCCGGUGAAGGAAAUUACAAAACCAGUAGAUCUGGUUCUCCACAGUGAUGUAAGGGCAGUAGAACGUGCCGAGUUCGACCAUCAGGUAGCAGAGAAAUUGUCUGUGAUAGAACAAUACAAGAUGGAAAGAGAGAAGCAACAAAAGAUGGCUGAGGAGGAAGAACUAAGGAGGUUGAGAAAGGAAUUGGUUCCAAAGGCACAACCAAUGCCUUAUUUUGAUAGGCCCUUCAUUCCUAGAAGGUCAGCAAAGCUUCCAACAAUACCUAAGGAACCAAAGUUCCAUAUCCCACAACAGAAGAAGAUAAAGUCCUGCUUGUCAUGGAAUGAUAUGAGCCAUUAUACCUUUCAGUUUCAACAAUGAAGAAGAAAAAGAAGAAGAGUGGUUGAAAAAACAGUUGUGUGUUAAAAUUCUGUGACAUAGUGUUUCCCAUUGUCUCUGUCUCUCUCUCUGAAUAAGCAAAUAAUGGGGUUUAGUUUUGUUGGGUUAAUAUUUUUCUGAUGAUUGUAUUCUUUGUGAAAGCUGCUCAUAUAUAAAAUGAAUGUGACAAAUGAGGCAACCGAUUAUAGUUGCUCGCCCAC